ACUUUGUUACAAUCUCAUCAAGCAAAGAGCCGAAAAACCAUCAACUGAUAAGACUGAUGAGACAACCAUCAGAAGAUUGCCAGCCUUGAUGAUGCUCUGGAUAAGGCGCGGUAUAUCGAUUAUUCCUGAAAUAGCCGACAGAAAAUGGCACCAGCUCCCUUUUUCCUGUGUUUUUAUCUAUUUUGCGCGGCAUGUUAUUGAACUGAUGCCAAUGUCGGCUUAUGACGACACCCGUUUCCCUUUAAACGCACUUCUCCAGCUGUUUUUUUGAUGGUCAACAUUGUCUGCAACGAAGUGCGCUUUCCAUUUGUACGUUGCUCGCUGUUCCGACCAGGAAAUCGCAAUUCGCUACCGGGGUCUGCCGAUAGUCAGUCUAGUGAAACAUGUGAAGAAGUAGUCGCGAAGAUUGGCACGUGAAGAUCAAAAAAUUCAAGUGAAAGCGCUUCAACAGCGGGACAAAAAAGUGUUGGUUUUUUAUCGGUGUGGGGUUGAACGGGACCAAAAUGACGACUGUCACAUUGACAGGAGGCUCAGCGAGUUUGCAGUAUUUUGCGGCGGCCGCAGGAAAUUUGGCGAUUGUAACGGAUGGAAUGCACUAUGGCUGGCCGUCGCCCUCUUUGCCCCAGAUCCUGAACAAUACCAGCUCCCCUUUGUGCAUCAGCAGCAGUGAGGGGGCCCUAAUGGCUGUGAUGCCCCUAUUAGGGGCCAUAGUAGGCGCUUUGACGGCCGCCAACAUUGUCGACUACUUUGGACGCAAAAAGACCAUCAUUUUCACCGCUGUGCCAUUUUUCCUCGCCUGGAUUAUGGUCGCAUUUGCCAAGACUGUGAUGUACUUGUACUUAGCUAGGUUUAUAGCGGGCGUAGCUGACGGAGUCACUUUCACAGUGGUGCCCAUGUACAUAGGAGAAAUAGCGGAGCCACGGAUCAGGGGCCUAUUAGGCUCCAGCUGCUCGGUGAGCUGGAUUCUGGGAUUCUUGCUGAUCAACCUGAUCGGCUCCUACUUGAGCAUCAGCACCACGGCCUUGGUCUCGUCUUCGCUUUGCGUGGUUGCGUUUGUGACGUUCCUCUGGAUGCCCGAAAGCCCCUACUAUCUCCUGAUGCGGAACAAGCCGGAACAGGCCAAAGAGAGUUUGCGGCGCUUCAGAGGCAACGCGGACUUGGACGAGGAGAUUAAGAAGAUGCGAGUGUCCAUCCAGACCUGCAGCAAAGCUCGCGGCAGGUUCUUCGAUUUGUUCACGGUGGCCAGUAACCGGAAAGCGGUUAUUAUUGUGGCUGGUUUGAGAGGAUUCCAGCAAUUCAGCGGCACCACUGCCAUUACGUUUUAUGCCCAAGAAAUAUUUCUGCAGGCCGGAAGCAAUAUUUCGUCCAAACAGGCCUCGAUUAUGUACUUUACUGUGAUGCUGAUUAUGACCAUGGUCUCGUCCAGUAUCGUGGACAAAGCCGGCAGGAAGCCGUUGCUGCUGAUUUCAAUGACCGGCUCUAUAAUCGCCUUGUUCCUCGAAGGAACCUACUUCUACAUCGAAAAGGAGACAUCCAUUGACACUUCCAGCCUGGAAUACCUUCCGGUGGCCGGCCUGAUUCUGUUCGUGAUUUUCUUCAGUGUUGGCAUGCAAAGCAUUCCAAUUUGCCUGCUUGGCGAGCUGUUCCCCACCAACGUUAAGGCAUACGCCCUUUGUCUAGCCGAUGUUUAUUUCAGCUUGGUCGCCGCCAUCGCGUCCAAGUUCCUCCAAGUUAUGAUGGACAACUACGGAAUUCACAUGGCCUUUUACGGUUUCACUAUUUGCUCAAUCUUGGGUCUAGUCUUUAUCAUCUGCGUGGUCCCGGAAACAAAAGGCAAGAGCCUGGAGGAAAUCCAGCACUACUUGAGGGGCGAUCAGCCCAUGCAUUACGAUGUGGAGAUGGAAACCAUCAAGAUUCAUGACGACAACGAACCGGAAACGAAUGAUUUAUUAAUCAAAAGUUAAAGUUCGAUUUUAAACGGGCUUGCAUAGGGAUUGAACGAGUUUGAAGCAUGGAUUUCACUGACCGUGGAGACAGUCCUAAAUAAGUUCAUUCACGGAGAGCUAAUCGAGAACAUGAUCUCAACUAGCCAAAAAUCGAACUUGGGGUUUUAAAUGGGGCAGUAUUUUUUUAAUUUUCUGUGCAAAAAUUUUUGAAGCCAGCCCUGUCGCAGCUGGUCUGCCGUUGCGAACGUGCCAACCGAGAGUGGCAAAUAGACAAGGACAGAAACAGACCCGACUAGUUUAACCCUUGUUUGUUGCAUUGGACAGUGUUCUAGCGAAAACAGAGCAAUAGACAGGGCCGGAUCCAGGGCGUUUUUAAAUUGACCGAAUGUUUGAUCAAACUAUAAUUAUAGCUCCAUUAAAAAACCUCAGUAAACAUAUACUGUCCGUCUAGUAGUGGUAGUAGUAGGUAGUAGUGGUAGAGUAGAGCAACAAGUUGCACCCGCCCUGUAUAUGCUUGCCUUGUAUUUAUAUAUAGGAAUAUUUUUACAAUUUUAGUUAGUUUUUGUAAUGUCUAGCUAGCGAAAUAAACAGUAAAGUGCA